UACGCGCGCGGGGCCCCGCGCUGAGCUCGCCGGCCCGGAGCUCCAUCUCCGCCGCAGGGGCGGUGAUGAGCGCCGAAGGACAGCCGCCCCCGGCCGUCCCCCGAGGGCGCCCAGGCCGCUUGCUGGUGCCCGAGAGGACAAAAACUGGCAUUGCAUUGUUGUACCAUGAGGGGUCUGAAAAUGCCUAUGACAUCCGACUGAAGCUAACAAAAGAGGUACUAACAAUUCAAAAACAAGAUGUCGUCUGUGUUAGUGGGAGCAAUCGCAGUGCAAAUCACAGAACUGUUACACUUCGCAGACAGCCUGUUGGCGGCUUGGGCCUGAGUAUAAAGGGAGGUGCUGAGCAUGGAGUCCCUGUUGUCUUAUCAAAGAUAUUCAAAGACCAUGCAGCUGACCAAUCAGGGAUGUUGUUCAUAGGAGACGCUGUACUACAGGUUAAUGGCAUUAAUGUAGAAAAUGCAACCCAUGAAGAAGUGGUGCACCUUUUGAGAAAUGCUGGCAAUGAAGUGACCCUCACUGUUGAGUAUCUCAGGGAAGCACCAUCAUUCCUGAAGCUCCCACUCGAGCAUGCAUUGAGAGCCUCUCUGUUGGGAGCUGUCCUUGUCAAAUACAAAAGGAUUCUAAGGGACAAGCUCCUCAGAAGCAAAAAUCCUGCCAGUGACUUAAAUAUGAUAAAGGAUGACACAGAAGUAUCUGGUGGAUGGAGAGGGUCCCCAGGACCAUCCAGUGACCACAGCAGCGGGGCCUCAUCCCCUCUCUUUGACAGUGGCUUGCAUUUAAAUGGGAACUCCAGCAACACAGCUCCAUCAUCACCUUCCUCGCCCAUAGCUAAUGAACCAAAAUAUGAGAAGCGCUGGCUAGACACCUUGUCAGUUCCUCUGUCUAUGGCACGAAUAUCAAGGUACAAAGCUGGAACGGAAAAAUUAAGGUCCAAUGCAUUCGAGGUGCUGGCCCUGGAUGGAGUCAGCUCUGGAAUUCUCCAGUUUUACACAGCCCAAGAGAGUGCUGACUGGCUGAGAGCAGUGUCAGCAAACAUCAGUGAUCUGACGCUACAGAACAUGAAAAUGGCAAAUAAAUGCUGUUCUCCUUGUGACCAGGUUGUGCAUAUGGGGUGGGUCACUGAGAGACUCGAAGGUGCCGGCUCUUCUCAAAUCUUCAGAUCCAAGUUCUUGGCCCUGAAAGGUUGCUCCUUCUACAUUUUCAGCACUCCUCCGGUGAGCACAUUAGACUGGGUACGAGCAGAAAAAUCCUAUAACCUCUGUGAGGUACUAUUUAAAGUUCACAAGUUCUGGCUUACAGAUGACUGCUGGUUACAAGCAAACUUAUACCUGGGACUUCAUGACUUUGACUUUGAAGAAAAGAAGCCGUACUGUUUCAGUGUCAUGGUCAGUCAUGGAAAGAGUCACGUCUUCAAUGUGGAACUUGGAAGCGAGCUUGCUGUGUGGGAAAAAUCAUUCCAAAGAGCCACAUUCAUGGAAGUGCAGAGAACUGGGUCCAAAACUUACAUGUGCACCUGGCAAGGAGAGAUGCUUUGUUUCACGGUGGAUUUCGCUUUGGGAUUCACCUGUUUUGACAGUAAGACAAAGAAUGUACUCUGGAGGUUUAAAUUCUCUCAACUUAAGGGAUCUUCAGAUGAUGGAAAAACUCGAGUAAAGCUGCUAUUUCAGAAUCUAGACACCAAACAAAUUGAAAUGAAGGAGCUGGAGUUUCAGGACCUCACAGGCGUUCUACACUGUAUACACUCCUUUAUAGCAGCAAAGGUGGCCUCCGUGGACCCUAUGUUCAUCGACAGUCAGAGUGUCACAAGAAGAUACAUGUACAGCAACUAAAACUGCUUCUGCUGAGUGCUGAAAAUUAAAUUAUUUUCUUAAGAAAUGAAUCUUUCCUGCACAACACUGCAACUUUGUGUGAUUUUAUAAUGAGCCUAUAGUUGUGAUACCAAUAAAAUAUGUCACUAGUUUCCA